AUGGAGUAUAUUCAACAAGUGGACGUAAAUAAAGUGAUUCAUGAGUAUGACCUGAACUUUACGUUCAAUGAAUUUUUAAGGAAGAAGAAAAUGUGUAAUAAAAGAAAUGUAUAUAUAGAAAAUUCUUUUAAAAAAUUAAAUAAUCUAACUUUUGAUAAUGGAAAUAAUAAAGAAAUCAAAUUAUUAUUAUCUUUCAAAGAAAUAUAUAAAUUAAUUGUUGACAUACAAAAUAAAAACAAAACUUUUAAUAAUAUAAAAGGAAAUUAUAGUAGUAAUAAUAACAUACAUGAGAUGAAAAGGAAUUAUUUUAAUAAUCUUAGUAGUUGUAAUAAAUAUUUGUUAUAUGUUCAUAAAAAUGAUAUAAUAGAAAAUUCGUACAAUAUAUCAUCAUAUAUUAUAUUAAUAUUAAUUUUAAUAAAUUAUCAAAAGAAAAUCUUUUAUAUUAUAAAUAUAUAUUAUAAAGAUAUAAAUUGGCAAUAUAAAAAAAAAGAAUGUUAUCAAAAGAAUUACUAUUACAAUAAUAAUUAUUCGUUACCUUUUAUAAAGAAUAUUGUCAUGUUAAAAAAUAAAUCAAAUAAGGAAAUUUGUCUUACUUCAAAAAAUUUUAAUUAUAACUUAAAAAUAAAGAAGAAAUAUAUAUAUAAGAAAAAAAAAAAAAAGAGACCUACUAAAAAUGUUUCGUUGUAUAUUAAAAAAUUAUUAUUAUUAUAUAAAUGUAAUUUGAUUAAUAAAAAUGUAUAUUACAUAUGUGAAAAUAAUAUUUUAUAUAAUCAAAAAAUUAAUUAUUUAUAUAAUAUUAAAAAAAAAAAAGAAAAUUUCUUUUUCAAAAAUAUUAUAUUACAAAUAUUAUUUUGGGUCUAUAAAUUAAAUAAACACAAUAUGGAAAUCAAAAAAAAUAAGAACAAUCUACCGUUUCUUCUUACAAAUAUAUUAUAUCAUAGUAAUAAAAUAAAAUAUAUAUAUAUAUAUAAUAAAUUAUUAUGUAUUCAUUUUUGUUUAAAAAAUUAUUAUCAUUAUAAUAAUUAUUUCGAUAUGAUGACAACUAAAAAUAUUUUUAUGAGCCUAUGGAAAUAUAUAUAUAAUACAGAUUAUUAUAUAAAAUCAACACAACUGAAUUCUUUAGAACAUUUUUAUCUAUACGUAUUUGAUACAAUAUUAAAAUUACAAGUAAAUAUUCUAGUUCAAAUACAAAUAUAUCAAAUGUUAGUAAUACAUUUUAUAUCAAAAAUAAUAAUAUUAUGGAUAAUUAAUAUGAUGAGAAAUAUAAUAAUAUAUCUUAUUAAUAUUUUUAGAAUAAUAAAUAUAUUUUAUAGUACCAUUUUUAAUAUUUUUGUCUUACACAAAAAUAUUAUAUUAUUUGAUCAAUAUGAAAAAAAAUAUAAUGAUAAUAAAAAAAUUGUAAAUAAUAAAAAUUAUUAUAUUAACAGAAGUUUUGUUUUAUAUAAUAUAUAUAAGUGUAAACAAUAUAUAAUAAAAAAAAAUUAUAAUAAUAUUAAUCAGCAUAUUCAUAAAUUAUAUAAUAUCUUGGUUAUGAAGUCAAAAAGUAUUUUUAUUACAAAAUUAUAUAUAUAUGUAUGUAUAUAUAUAUAUAUAUAUAUUUUUAAUAAGCUAUAUCAUAGUUCAUUACAAAGUAUUAUGAUAUAUCAAAAAAAUAUAUAUCUUAUAUCACUUCAUCGACUGUUUAAAAGUAAUAUAAAUAAUUAUUUUAUAAAAAUAAUAAUAAUAUUAUUAAUAUUAUUAAUAAUAUUAAUCUUAUUAUCAUAUUAUAAUUUAAAUAAUACAAAUGUGUUACUAUUAUAUGAUUGUUAUAAAUAUAAUGUGCACAAUAAUUAUUUGUUUAUUUAUUUGAAUACAUUAAUAGUAGCAAGUAUAUUAAAUUUAUUAUAUAUUUUUUAUUAUAUAUGUAUUAACAAAAUGUAUAUUUAUUUAUAUAGAGAUUGUAUUAUUUCUUUUUUCUUAUCAUACAUAGAUAUAUUAUAUUUAUAUAAAUAUUAUAAUAAUAUAAUAAAUAUACGUGAUAUUUCAUAUUUGUCAUAUGUGAUAUAUGUUGUUGUUUUAUUAAUACAUAUUAUGAUGUGUAUAAAAUAUUUAUAUGAUUUAAACAGAAAUAUAUCACUUGUUAUGUUUUUUUUUGUGUUUAUAAAUACACCAGUGUCAUAUCCUAAUAAGCAGAUUAUUGAUAUUAUUACAUAUUAUAAUAAUACAUAUAAUUCUCUUUGUAAAUUUUAUUUAUUAUUCAUUCCUGCUAUUUUUUAUAUGUAUAAAUAUUUCUUCUUAUUAUUUAUAUAUAUAUAUUUUAUAAAUACAAUAAAAAUUUUUGUGAACUGUGUUACUUAUAUAUUAUUAUAUUUUAUUGUGAUUUUAUCUUUUUAUAUGAACAUCUAUAUAUGUUCCGUUAGAAUAUUAUAUGAUUCAUUUCUAUCCAAAAAUAAAAGUACGAAUUACAAAACGAAUAGAAGAUACACACUGAUUUAUGAUCAUAUUUUAUAUUAUUUAAUGGGGGCAAUAAAUCUAAUACAAUUAAAUAAUUUAUAUUUUCACGAUGUAAGAAUAAAGAGAAAGUUGUUAGCAUGUCAUGUGCUCACAUUGUUUAUACAUCAAAUACAUAAAAAGAAAGAUUAUGCUGUGAAUAAUAAUUAUAAUAUAAUAAUAGUAUUAUUACUAGUAAUAGUAGGAACACCAAAUAGGAGAACACAAAUAAAAAAUUAUAAACUUAUUAUUUAUAAUCUCCCUGUUAUAACAUUAAAAAAAUUUUGUUCUAGAAAAAUUAAAAUAUAUACAAAUAUAUAUUCAUAUGAUAAAUAUUUCAAUACAAAAUUGUAUUGUUUUUUUAUUUUUAAACAAUCAAAUAAUAAUGAGAUAAUAAAUUAUGUGCAUAAUGAGGAGAAUAAUAAUUAUUAUAUGAUUGACCAAAUAAAAUUUUUAAAAAAUAAAAAAUCAUUUUUGCUACAAAUAUAUAGUGAUCCUAACUAUUAUAAAAAUAAUAAUAUUAAUAAAAUGAUAAAUAAUAUAUUUUAUUUUUAUAAUAUUAAUUUAGAACAUAGAAUAAAUAGUGUGCAAAAAUAUGUCCUUGUAGAUAUGUCAAUAGAUAAUAAGAAAAAAAAUAAAAAAGAUAAAGGAAUAAAUGAAUAUAUUUAUAAUUAUAUAAAUAAUUUAUACUUAAGAGUAUGUACUUUUAUUUUAAAUUUUAUAACAAGAAUAAAAUAUAUAUUAAACAUAGUAUUUUAUACCUUUAAAUUGUUAAUAUUGAGAGAAAAAAUAUUUCUAUAUUAUAUCUUUAAUUUGUUCAUAUAUUAUUAUAUGCGAUUGAGAUAUUUUGUUGUGUCAUACAAUAUUAUUUAUGUGUAUAAGGAGGAAAUAGAUUGGAUCUUAAUGGGUCUAUGUAAUAACAACAAGAGGUAUAAAGAUAAUGAUAAAAAAUAUUUAUUUAAUAAAAGUAUAAAUGAGGAAAAAGGAGAGAAAACUAAAUUUGUAAGUUGUGCUACAAACAAUGAGGACAAUAAUAAUGAUAAUAAUAAUAAUAAUGAUAAUAAUAAUAAUAAUAAUAAUAAUAAUAAUAAUAAUAAUAAUAAUAAUAAUAAUAAUAAUAAUAGUAACAAUAAUAACAAUAGUAACAAUAAUAAUAAUAAUAGUAACGACCAAGGUGGAGAUCGAAACGAUGAAAAUAAUGAUAAAGAUAAAAAAGAAAAUAAUGAUGAUGCUAAUGAUAAUAAUAUUGAUAAUGUGUUAGAAAAUGAUGAGGGGAAAAAAAAAAGAACUAGAAGGAAAAAGACAAGUGAUAAAAGUAAAAUAAUAAAUAAAAUAAGUACUGGUAGGAGAGGUAGAAAAUCUACAAGUAUGUUGAAUGCACAUAUUGAUGCAAAUAAUAUUUUAAAUAAUAAUAUGUAUAAUAUAAAUAAUGGUAAUUAUAUGAAUAAUAUAAAUAACUCUAUUUUAUUAAAUAAUAACAUGCAAGAAAAUUAUAUGAAUGAUAAUAAGUCAUCAAAUAUACUUAUAAAUAAUAUCCCUAACAAAAUGAAUCUAAAAAUGAAUGGACAAAUAAACAAUGAAAUUAUAAAUGAUAUGAUUAAUUAUAAUAUGAAUAAUAACAUGGGUAAUCAUAUAUCAAACCAUAUGAAUAGUCAAAUGGGCAAUCAAAUGAAUAAUAAUAUUUAUAUGAAUAACCGAUCCGGUAUUGGUUACAUGUCAAAUUGUGUUAAUCAGAAUAAUCAUAUCUCUCCUCAUAUGAAUAAUACAAUAAAUAUACAUAACAAUAAUAAUAAUAGUAAUAAUAGUAAUAAUAAUAAUAGUAAUAAUAAUAAUAAUAAUAGUGGUAGUAAUAGUAUUAAUAAUAAUAAUAAUAGUGGUAGUAAUAGUAUUAAUAAUACUUUGCGUAAUAAUAUGAUGAAGAAUAAUAAUUUGAAUCAAUUUAAUAGGAUGGUUAAUAGUAAUUCAAUUAAUAUGAAUAAUUAUACUAUUCAUUUAACUCAUCAAAAGAUAAACAGUAAUAAUAAUAAUAAUAUUAAUAGUAAUAAUAAUAAUAAUAAUAUUAAUAGUAUUAAUAAUAAUAAUAAUAAUAGUCUUAAUUUGAAUGGUAAAUUGAAUUAUCAACAAAUGAGUAAUAAAAUGCAUGGUACGGUACCAAUACCUAUGAAUGUUCAUAUGGGUGGUACAUCCAUAAAUAAUAUAAGCCAUAUGAAUAAUAUGAAUAAUAUAAACAAUAUGAAUAAUAUAAACAAUAUGAAUAAUAUAAACAAUAUGAACAAUAUGAACAAUAUAAACAAUAUGAACAGUAUUGGAAGUAGUAAUAGGAUGGGUACGAGUCCAAUAAAUCAUCCCAUGCAACAUAAAAAGGGAGGUACACAUAUGAGCAAUCAAAUUGGACAUAAUUCAAUAAAUAAAAUGUUAAGUAAUCCUUUAAAUGUAGAUAAUAAAAUGAAUGUAGUAAACAGAAAAAACAGCUGUACUGUUAAUUUUAAUAUGAAUAAUGCAAUGGUAUCAAAUAUGAAUAAUUAUAUGAAUUCUAAUAAUAUGAAUAGAAAUUCUCUAUCUAAUAAUAUAUGCAGUGGUGGUACUAUAAUGCCAAAUGCAAUGAAUAAAGGAAAAAUAAAAGAUACAGCAAUACAUAACAACUCAUUCAGAAAUAAUAAUAAUAUGAACAAUGUGAAUGGUAUGAUGAAUAAUAGAAUGUCUGAACAAAAUAUGAUAGCCAAUAAUAUGAUAAAAACCGAAAUGAGAAAUAAUAAUUUAAUGAAUAUGAAAUUGGUUAAUAGAAAUCAUCAACAUAUGAAUAUGAAAUAUGUAAGUGAAAAAUAUCCCAUGAAUACUAAAAUGAUUCAGAAUAAUAAUAUGAUGACGAAUCGAGAUAUUAAUAUAAUAAAUAAUAAUAGUAAUAAUAUUAAUAAUAUGGGUUUUAUAAAUUAUAUGAAUAAAAAUAAUUAUUUGAAUAAAAAUAUGAAAAAUAUAAAAACGGAAAAUUAUACAUUUGAUCAUCACAUAUUGAAUCAUGAUUCUUUAAGUGCUAUGGAUACAUAUGAUAUACAUAACAUGAAUAAUAUGAAUAAUAUAAAUAAUAUGAAUAAUAUAAAUAAUAUAAACAAUAUGAACAAUAUGAACAAUAUGAACAAUAUGAAUAGUAUUCAUGGUGUGAACAGCAAACUUAUAUUAAACAAACAAGAGGAUGAUAAAACGUUACACCCAAAUUAUCUUAACAGUGAAAACGUUCAAUCUAGCACUUAUUAUCAUCAAACAAAAGAAGAAGAAAUAAAUACUUAUAAUAAUACACAUAGUAGUACGACCACUAAUAUAAAAAAAAAACAUAAGAAUAGUUUGAAAAAUUCUAAAGAAGAUGAUGUGAAUAAUAAUCAAAAUUUAAGAAGUAUAAAAAUUAACUGGAAUAAAUAUGAUAACUUAUUUAAAAGAAUUCCCCUAGAAAGAAAUUAUGAAGGAUUUGUUUGUGAACAAGAAAAUAUAAAAGAUGAAGAUACUAAUAUUAAUGAGAAAACAUAUUUGUUAGAUAAUAAUGAAGAUAAAGAAGAUGAUGCAAUACAUUGUGAUUUAUCAAAUAUAAAUUUUAAAACAUUUUUUAAGGAUUAUAAUGAUAUAUUAAAUAAACUUAAUUUAAUAAAAUUGAAUGAUAAAACAAACUUCAAAAAUAAUUGUUAUUCACAUUUAUAUGAAGACAUAUUUUUGAUCAUUGAAAAGUUUUUAGAUAUUUCACACUUGAAGUAUCAUAAUAAUUUUACUCAUACCAAUUUUUAUAAUAAUUGCUUAAAAUAUGCAAUAAAUCAGAAUAACGAAAAUUCUAAUUUAAAUAAUAUUAAGGAAGAAAGUGUGGACAAUAAAAAUAGUCAUGAAAUAGAUAUUCAUUUAACUGUUGAGAAUAAUGAAGCAAAUAAAGAUGAACAUGAUAAAAAUUAUAAUAAUGAAAAUAAUAGUAAGAAAAAUAAAAAUAAUGAUCAUAAUAAUAAUGAUAUUAAAUAUCAUAUACUUAAUCGUAAAUCCCCUUUUUUUGAUAGUGUAUCCAAAAGUGCAAAUAAUGAUAUAUUUUUUAAAACUCUCUCAAAAAAGAAAAAGGAGUUUAAUCAAUUAUGUGAGAAAAAUAAUAAUUUUGACUUUAUACCACAAAAUGAAAAUCUAAUACAAACAAAUGAAAGUCAUAAUAAUAAUAAUAAUAAUAAUAAUAUGUAUCCAUCAAAUGCUAGUUCUCAAACUAUUUCCAAAAAUAAUACUUUAAAAAAUAAUAUAAUGAGUAGCCCUUCAAAAGAUGUUAAUAUUGAAAGCCCUUCUACAUAUGAGAAUAAUAUUAUAAUAAAUGGUAAUAAUAAUAAUAAUAAUAAUAUUAAUAUUAUUAAUAAUAAUAACCCAUUUAGUGUUAAAAGAAGCUUGAGUGAAUCAAAAUUAAUUUAUAAUCAGAAUGUUCUUAUUGAACAGAUAUUAUCAAAGAAAUAUCGAACUUUCUCCAUAAAUGAAUUUCUAGAUGUGGAACUGAAUGAUAAUUUGAAAGAAUUAGUUCGUGUAUAUAAAAAGAAUUUAUGUUAUAAUAUAAGAACAUUUUUAAAAAAGAAAAUCAAGCGUUCAAAAAAAAUGUAUCAUCAAAAGAGUUAUUAUGAUACACUUAGCCAUCUUUUUAGACAUAGAAUGACAAGAAAAUUGUUCAAAAGAAUAAAACGUAAAUUUUUAAAGACAACAAAAAAAACAAUCAAUAAAAUGAAAAAGAAAAAAUGUAAAAAAAAUAUAAACAAUCAAGUAUUAAAUAAACAAAAAGAUAAUAUUGAGGAUAGUCUCAUUUCAGAAACAACUGAUCACAUUGAUAAAUGUGAUACUAAAAAUAAAUCAACAGUUGAUGAAAAAAAUGAAAUGGAUGAAUAUCUAGAUGAAGAGGAGAAACCACUUUUCUCAUUUUGUUCAGGGAGUUCAAAGAAAAAAAAGCAUAUGGAUGAUGAUCAUGAUCUUAUUGAAAGUGGAAUAAUAAGAAUUAAAGGAGAAUUUUCUGAAGAUAGUAAUAUUCUACAUAGUAGUAAUAUUACAAAUAAUUCUACACUCAAAGGAAAAAAAAGCAUGACAUCGAAAAUGAAUAAACUUGUUGAAGAAAAAGGAAAUUCAAACAUUUGUAAUAAGAAUUAUAUUUCAUAUCAAGUUAAAAUGGAAGAGGACCAAACCGAUCCCCUCAAGGUUAAUAACAAUGAUAAUAAUAAUAAUAAGAAUAAGAAUAAGAAUAAUGAAUGUUUAUCGUUAGAUGAAAGAAAAUUGUCUAAUGGGUGUUUAGAAAGCGAUUCACAAAAGGAAUCCAAACACAUUGAUAUGUCAAAUAAUAAUAAUAGUAAUAGUAAUGAAUCUCCUUUUAAUAGUAAUGCUAGUAGUAAUAGAACGUCAGGGAAUUAUGAUAUCAAUGUAUAUAUUGAAAAAGAGAGCAUGAAAAUAAAAUAUAGUAUGACAAAAGAUAAAAAUACAGCAGAGGAUGAAAAAAAAAAUAAAAAUAAAGAAUAUACACAAAGAAAUGAAAAAUUGUUUAACUAUUCUUUUUUGAAUUUAUCUCUUUAUAGAUAUAUGAAAAAUAUAGAAAAUCAAAAAAAUAAAAAUAGCUGUAAUAAAAUUAAAAAAAAAACAACAAAAAAAAAAACUAAUGUAAAAUAUAAAACUAAUGCAAUCAUUGAUUUUGGUGAAAAAAUUGUUUGGGUUUCUUUUGAAUUUAAAAAUUUACAUAUGUUAAAAAAAAUAAAAAAUAAUUUCUUAUGCUCAAAUUAUCUUAAUAAUAUUCAAAAUAUAACAAAAGAACCAGAAGAGAAAUUUGAAAAAUAUAUUACAGAUGAAAUGAAAAAAUAUAAAAAUGUAAAAAUUAAGUUUUAUAAAUUCUUAACAUAUUAUGAUUUUGUUUUCUUAAAAAACAGAUUAAAUUUUAUAAAAAUUACAUAUAAGAAUGAUAAUGAUUAUAUGAUACAAAGAGAUGUGCAAGAAACUAAAUCAAAAAUGGAUUUAAAUAAUGGAUCGACAGAUUGUUUGUUAAAUGGAUAUAAAAUGGACGAACAUAAUAAUAAUAAUAAUAAUAAUAAAAUAAUUGAUAAUGAUACAAAUAAGGACAUGCCCCAAAUGAAUAAUAUACUAACCUUUAAUGAUAAUAAAAAUAAUGAAGAUCGAAUUGUAUGUGAUAACAAUAUUAUAAGAUUAAAAAAUAAAGAAAUGAAAGAAUCAAAAGAGUUAAUAAAAAGAAACAAAUUAUUGAAUGAUAAUAUAUCUUUAUAUCCAUUAAUUGAUAAAAAGAAAUUAAAUGCAUACAUAGACCUAAAUCUAAAUGUAGAUGUAAAAAAAGAGGAAUUAGAAAAUGGAAGUGAAGAAAAAUUAAAUGACAAAGUAUUAAGUUUUAUUAAUAAAUAUAUAUUUAAAGGUUUAAAAAUUGAUACUAAAAAUGAGUACUCUAAAAUGGGAAUUUAUGAAAAUUAUGAUAAAAUAAAAAAUAUGUCAUUAGAAAUUGAUAAAUCUAAUGACAGUGUUAUUAUUGAUAAUUUUUUGUGGUAUAAUAAUCCAGCUCUUUUUACUAUUUUUGAGAAAUAUUAUUUAUUAUUAAAAAUGCAAAAAUAUAUAUUACAAUAUAAACAUUAUUCAAAAAAUAAUCUUAAGAAAAAAAUUAGUUCUGAAUCAAAUUUUGAAAUGUAUUCUAGUUCCACAUCUUUCAAUUGUAUAUCUUUGAAUAAACUAAAAGGGAAACGUAGAUGCAUAAGAGUGAAAACAGCUAAAUUUGGAGAGGACGGUUGUUUAAUACCAAAAAGUAAUCGAAGGUCAAAUAUAAGUUGUUCCAAUGAAUAUGUUAAUAAUAUUAAUGACAGGAGGAAAAAAAAAUCAAUUAAUAAGGACCUCACACGCAAUGAUAAUAUUAAAAAUGAUAACAUUAAAAAUGAUAAUAAUAUUGAUAAUAAUAAUAAUGAAGAUGCUCCUAGUAAAGGAUUAGAGAAUAACAAUGAAAAUGCAACCACAUUGAUUGACAAAUCACAAAUGGGGGAUGUAAAUAAUAUAAAAUCAGAACUUAUUUUAGAAAAAAAUGAUGAAGAAGAAAAAAAAGUAACUGAAUGUAUGGCACAAGAGGAACACAAAGAGGAUGAAAAUAUGGAACCCAAUAUAAACGAGAAUAUAAAUGUGAACAUAAACGAGAAUAUAAAUGUGAAAAUAAACGAGAAUAUAAAUGUGAACAUAAACGAGAAUAUAAAUGUGAACAUAAACGAGAACAUAAACGAAAAUAUAAAUGGAAACAUGAAUAAUUCUGUGAUGGUAAGCAAAUUAAGUCAUGAUGAUAAAAAUAUAGAUGCACAUAAUGUAGAAGCGGAAACAAAGGAAAAUGUGGAUGAAGAAAAGAAUUACGAACAUAUAGAAAAGAAACAAAAGGAAGAACCAGAAGAAGAUGAGGAAGAAGAAGGUGAUGGAGAUGAAAAUUCCGUUUCUUCAAGCAGCACAGUUAAACAACUUGACGAUAAUUUAAAGACGAACGGAGAAGUGGAACAGAACAUGAAAAAGGAAUUACAAAAAGGUAGAAAUACGAGACUCGGAAAUAAUAAAAUAAAUGAAAAAAAAUAUUGUUCAUCACAAGGCACUACACCAAGAGGUGAGAUAUCUUUUAUGAAUGAUUCAGAUGAUGAAAACUUUAAGAAAAAGAGAGGAAGGAAAAAAGGAAAAAAACGAGGUAGAAAAAAGGGAGUAAGGAAUAAAAUCAAAUUAUUAAAUGAAAGUAUUGAUUGUAAAAAAAAUAAAGUAUUAUUUGAAGGAUUAAUAGAAGAAGGUAAUACUAAAGUAUAUAAUAAUAAAUUAGGAAAUAGCAUAUUAACACAAGAAGGAGAAAUGUUAAAUAAUUCAUUAGUUGGAAUAGAUGAAAAAGAAAAUGAAUUAUUAUUAAAUGAGUUAAUUCCAAUUGAUAAAGAUAUAAUAAUUGAUUUAUUAUGUGAAGAAGAGAAAUUAAUAGAAAGUUAUAUAAAAAAUUCUCGUUUUGUUGAUAAAAAUUUGAUUUGUUUAUUAAUAUAUAUGAAUAAUAUACAAAAGAAAUUAAGUUCUAUAUGUAAUAAUUUAUUGAAAAAGAUAAUAAAAGAAAAUAAAAUGCCUACACGAUUAUGUGAUAAUAUAGAUAAAAGUAAUGAAAUUACAUAUAAAUAUGUUAUGUUUGAAAGAUGGAAUCAAUUAAGAUAUUCUUUAUUUUAUACUAUUACUUCAAUGAAUUCAUCUAUACAAUAUAAUCAUAAUAAUAAUGAUAAAAAUAAUAAGAACCAAAUAAUGUUGUAUAAUAAAAAUAUAAAUAUUAAUUCUAUAUUUGAUUUACAUGAAUAUUCUUGUAAACAUAAAAAAUAUAAAAUUCCUCCUUUUGAGUAUAGUGUUUUUCUUAAGUAUAAAAUUUAUAAAAAAAAUAAAACAAACACAAAAAAAGAUGAUAUAAAUGAAGAUAUAAAAGAUUCUACAAUUAAAGAUAUAAGUCAAGAUAUAAACGAUUGUUUAGAUGAAAAACCUAAAGUAGAUAUAAUUCAAAAUUUGGAAGAUAAAAAAAACAAUUUUGCUAAUGAUGAAGAAAAAUUUUGUGGUUUCUCAAAUAAUAAUGAUUUAAAUAUAACACCUGCCUUUUCCUAUUGUUGUAUAUGUUUUAAUGAUGAUUAUAAUACUAUGCAAGUAAAUGAACAAAAUGAAAAUAAUAAUAAUAACUCAUCAAGAAAUAAUUCAUUACAAAAUAUAACAAAUGACAAUAAAAAUGAAAACACGAAUAAUAAUAAGAUUAAAGGUGGAAAUCAAGAAGAUCAAGAAGGAAAAAAUAAAAUUAAGGAAAAUAAUAUUUUACAUUUUAAAGGUAAUAUUGAAAAAAAUGAAAGAAAAGAAAAUCAAAAUAAAGAUAAUACAAAAAAUGAUGCUACUAUAUAUAACAAUAAUAAUAAUAAUAAUAGUAAUAAUAAUAGUAAUAGUAAGAAUGAUUUAUAUGAUUCGUGCAAAAAUAAAAAGAUUUCUAAUUCUAGUAGUAGUAACGAUAUAGAUAUGACCUUGAUUGAAAGGAAUAUAAAAAAUACACAUAACUUAAUGUUAAAAUGUAGUCGAUGUUAUAUGCAUGUUCAUAAAUUUUGUUAUAUAUCUACAAAAAAGUCAGAUGAAAAUAUUCUUAGUAAUAUACAAAAUAGUGCAUCUAUUAAUAGUAAUGAAUGGUUAUGUCAAAGAUGUGAAUUUGAAAAAAAAUCCUUGGGUAAUAACUUUUUAUAUAUUUUUGAUACGAAUAUUAAAUGUUAUAUAUGUAUAGAAAGAGGAGGAGCAUUUAUUCAAAUAAAAAAUAAUAUAUUUGUUCAUACGUUCUGUGCAACAUUUUGUGUUCCUGAUUUAUUAGUUAAUAAUAAUGUAAGUUUAGAAAUUUUUAAUGAAUAUUUACAAUUGAAUAAUAUGUCCUUAUCACAAGAAAUUUUUUCAGCAUUUCAAAAAAAGAAAAAGGAAAAAAUCAAUCAGAAAAAAAAACAAAAGAAGGAUUAUUUAUCUCUGAAGGAUUCAAACAUAAAACAAAUAUAUCAUAAUAAUAAUAAUAAUAAUACACAUUGUUGUGAUAACGAAAAUGUUUAUUUAAAAAAAAUAAAAGAAAGUGACAAAGACACAGAUGAAAAAGAUGAUCCUAUUGGUAAUGAUAAGAUCCAUAAUGAUCUUCAACAUGAUAAUGGAUGUGAAAAUAUAAAGGAGACACAAUCAUUGAAAUGUAGUUUUUCAAUUAAUAUUAAAAAGGAAGAAAAAAGUGAAGAGGUAAUAAAAAAGAAAAAAGAAAAUAAGAUCUAUGAUUUCUUUUCAUUUAUUAAAAAAGAUGAUAAGAAAAGAGGAAACGAAAGUACAAAUGGUGUGGAAAAUAUACAAAAAAGAGUAAAAAUAAAUAAUAUGGAUGAAAAAGAAAAUGAAGACCAUACCAAUAAUAAUUUAAAUGAUAAUAAAAAUAGUAAUGUAAAUAAUAACGAAAAAGAAGAUUCAAAUAAUGUUAUGUAUGAUUAUAAUAAUAAUAAUAAUAAUGUGAAUAAAAUGAAGUCAUGUCAAAAUGAUAAUAUUAAAUAUGAUAUAAAUUUAGAUGACUAUGAUAAUAAUUAUACGUCUGAAGCUUCUUCUUCAUCUGUUGUAUCUAAAUAUUCAAUUAAUUCUAUAUCUACUUUAUCAGAUAAAAAUAAUAUGAAACUGUGUGAUAAGGAGGGAAAAAAAGAUAAAAUAAAAAUAGAAAAUAAUUCUAAUAAUAUUAAUAAAUAUAUUAAAAAGGAUUAUAUUCUAAACGGUUAUUUGAAUGAAGAUAUACGAUGUGAUGUAUGUUUAAAAAAUAAGGGUAUAUUUAUUAAAUGUCAUAAUAUGAGUUGUGGAACGUAUAUACAUCCAUUAUGUGCUUAUAUGUGUGGUUUAUAUAUAAAAUGUAAAAAUUCUAAUAAGAAAUUUUUAAAGUUUCAAAAUAAAAUUGAUUAUUGUUUUCCUAGAAUAUUUUUUUAUGUAAAAUGUAUUUUUCAUUCUAUAAAAAAAUACGGAGUUGUAAAUAUGUAUGAUCAAAUAAUUACAAGAAGAACAAAAUAUUUAAAUAGAGAUUUAUAUCCUAAUAUAUAUGAAAAUAAUAAAAAAGAAAGAAAACCUAAAAAUUCCUUAAAAUAUAAUAAAAUACGUAAUAGUAAUAAUAAUAAUUAUUAUAAUCUUAAUGUUAAUAAAAAAAAUGAUAUAUAUGAAAUUUUGGCUUUUAAUUUUAAUCAUUUAGAUUCUUAUCAAUAUAAUUUCUUCUUACUUCCAACGGUCGAUUAUAUGAAAAAUAAUAUAUGUUUAGUAUGUUUUACUUCUUAUAAGAAAAAAGAAUUAGUACAUUGCAAAUAUUGUAAUAUGUGUGUCCAUAAAUGUUGUUAUUUAGUAGAUUCUUCAUAUUUAGAAUAUCAAUUUUAUAGAAAGAAGAAGAAUAUAUGUACUCUUUUAGUUCAUAAUAAAGAACAAAAAAUAACUAAUCUCAUAUCGCAAGUUAAAGCUAGAAAGGAAUCUGUAUUAUCAUUUUUAUAUGAUCAGAAUGUAGGAAGAAUUAAUAAUUGUACUACGAUAGAUAAUACAACAAGUUCUUAUAUCAAUAAUCAAAGUAAUCCUAGUCAAGUUGCCCAAUCAGAAGGUUUAUUAAUGUCACCACAAUUUUGUGAAAGAAAGAAAAACAAAAAAAAUCAUUCACUUGUAGGAAGUGUUGUAUCAAAUUCGUUAAAUGAGAACCAAGUGAAUGAUGAUAAAAUGAAAAGAAACAAAAAUGGAAACAGUGAUCAUAACGAAGAUCUAUAUGAUAAUGGGCAGAAUGAUGACAGUUGUGAUGAUUCUGUUGUUAACCAGGAGGAUAAGGAUACAACUGGUCAUAAUAAUAAUAAUAAAAAUAAUAAUAAAAAUAAUAUUGAUGGUGAUAAUGAAGACAUAUUGCAGCAAAAAUAUAAAAGUGAAAAGGCUGAUUGUGAUAAUAAUAAUUAUAAUAAUAAUAAUAAGGAUGAAUCGAUUAUUAAACCUGGUGGUGAUGAAAAUAUAAAUGGAAGUUACGACAUGCAGAAAUUAUUAAAUAAGAACGAUUCAUAUGAUAAUUUGUUAAACGAUAAUGAAAAUAUUGCAUUGGAUAUUGAUGAUAAUAUGAAAUAUAGAAAGGACUUAGAAGAGUCAGAAAUAUUUAAAGAAUUAAUGCAUAACGAAAUUAAUAAUUGUUUAUUUACUAGAGAAAAUGAAGAAAAAGUAAAUUUUAUUAAUAAAUUAAGAGAUUUUUUUAGAAAUGAUAAAAGUUAUGAAUCAUUAAAAAAUUGUGUAAAUGAAGAAGAAAAAUGUGUAACAGAUAUAGAUGACAUAUAUGAGAAGAAAUUAUUUGUUUGUGAUUUAUGUGCUAAUAAUUAUAACUAUGAAAAUGUGAAUUGUAUAUUAUGUAGUAGAAAAGGUGGUGCAUUAAAAAUGGUAAAAAUAAAUGAUUAUAUUAAAAUAGAUAAGAAUAAAAAUAAAAAAAAUAGUUUUUUGAAAAAUGAAAGAGAUUAUGUAUUUGUUCAUAUGCAAUGUGCAUUGUAUACACCUCAAAUUUUUAUUCAGGAUAUAAAUGAAGAUUAUUAUCAAAUAUAUAAUUAUGAUAAUAUUAAUAUAAAUAAUUUAAAUGAAAAAGAAUUAAUGAAACAAAAACAUUAUGAAUCAGAUACAGAAUUACAAUAUUUAAAUGAAGAAUAUAAUCAAGAUGAAAAACAAGGUUUAUUAAAUGAAUUCUAUUAUAAACAAUCAUGUAAUAAUAUAGGACAAAUGAAAAAUAUAAGAAAAAUUAUUGAUAAGAGAAAUUCUGUUCCAAUAAGAAACACAUAUAAAUUAUAUGAUCCUAAUGAAUAUGAACAAAUUGAACCCCUUGACAAUAUAAACAAUAAUAAUAAUAACAUAUGUGAUAAUAAUAAUUAUAAUGUAAAUAGUUCUAAUAAUAUUUAUAAAAAAGUUUUUUUCAAUUUUAAAAGGAAAAAACAAGAUAAUAAAAUAAAUGAUUUUAAUAAUGAUCAAGAAAAAAAUAAAAAUAAAACUGAAUUAAAUUUUGGAAAUAAUAAUGAAAUAAACCAAAAUCAAAAUGAUAAAAAUGAUAAAAGUGGUGAUAACGAAAUGUAUAAUAUACAAAAUAAUGAUCAAUCAAAAAAAUGUAAUUAUGAUGAUAUUUUAGACAAUAUUCAAGGUAAUGAUGCAACAAGUUCAGUUGGAUUCAUUCCUGAUGAUGAUUUAUGUGAGAAAGCAAACAAAACAUUAAAUAACAAUUUGGAUAUAAAAAAAGAGGAAUCUAGUUUUGAACACAAAAUAAUAAAUGUUAAUAGUUAUAACAAAUGGAAGAGUGGAAGAUUUUCUCUAUGUAACAAUAUUUCAUUCAAUAAUAAUAUGAAAAUUAAUAAAAGAGGAACAAUAGGAACAACUACAGCCAUUAGUGGAUAUCAUGGAAAUAAUUUAAAUAUAAAUAAAUUUAUAAAUAAAAGGUUAAACAAAAAUAAAGAAUAUAUAUCAUCAACAUAUAAUGAUAAUAAAAAUAAUAGUAAGAAUUUAAAUAGUAUAAAUAAAAAAGUAUUAAAUGGUAAAAGAAAUACGAAUUUAUAUUAUUAUAAUUUGAACCGAAAAAAAAAUAAUUAUAAAAUAAUAAUAAAAGAUAGAAUAAAAAAAUAUUUAAAUAAAAAUACAUGUUAUAUAUGUAAUUUAUCAUAUGGAUAUACACAAAAAUGUGUAGAAAAUACAUGUACACAUUAUUUUCAUAUAUCAUGUGCACGUAUACAUAAAUUAUUUUUUGAAUUCGAUUAUAACUUUUUAAAAACACAUCCAGAUGUUACUACAACGGAUUCAUCUAAAAUACCUAAUUCUAUCAUUUUUUGUGAAGAUCAUUCAAAAAUAAGAAGACGUGUAAAACCAUCCAUAAAAUUAUUUUCGAAAUUGAGAUCAUUUUUAGAACUUGCUCGUAUUAUAGUAGAUCAAAUGAAAAAAAGAGAGGAUAUAAAGAAUUCAUGGAUAACUGAUAAAUAUAAAAAUGCUUUAUAUAGUAAUGAUAUGUUAUAUGAUGAAGAAAAUGAUAUCACUUCAUCAGUCCUCUAUAAUGAUGAUAAUAAUAUGGAAAGUUUUAACUUACAGAAUGAUAAUAAUUAUUAUAAUUAUGAUGAUAAUUAUGAUGAUAAUUAUGAUGAUGAUAAUGAUAAUGAUAAUAAUAAUAAUAAUAAUAAUAAUAAUAAUAAUAAUAAUGAAGAUUAUGAAUAUGAUGAAAAGGAUCCUUAUUAUGAACACAAAUACACAUAUACCUUAACACAGGAUCAUUAUAAUAAUCAUGAUGUGUCCUUAAUAAGAAACAAUAAAAGAAGAAAUAGACGUUCCUUUAAUAAUGCUCAAAACGAUCAUUUAAAAAAUGAACAGAACAUAAAUUCAACUAAUGAUAUAUCCUCUCUUAGUAUGAGGAAGAAAUCACAAAAUCUAAUAUUUCUUCCAAAUAAUAAUGAUAAGGACAAAAUAUCCUUUUUGGAAUCAAACGAAGGAGCUGAAAUUAAUAAUAAUGAAAAUGAAAAAGAAAAUCAUUUUAUAAAUUUUAAAACGGAACAAGAAAGUCUCAAUGAAAAUAAUCAAGAAAAUGAAGAAAUCAAAGAAAAGGAACCUAAUACUUUUUAUAAUUCGGUUCUAGAUGAUUAUGUAAAAGAGAGAAUUUACAAGGAUGAAAAUAAUGACAACAUUAGUAUAGCAAAUACGAAAGGAGAAAAUAAUGAUAAUAAUAAUGAUGAUGAUGAUAAUAAUGAUAAUAAUGAUGAUGAUAAUAAUGAUGAUGAUAAUAAUGAUGAUGAUAAUAAUGAUGAUAAUAAUAAUAAUAAUAAUAAUGAUGAUGAUAUUUAG